GGCACCGUGCUUCCUGGCCUUUGCUUACAUCCUCUUGCAGUUACCCUUUGACGGUGGGUGUUUUAUUAGCUAAUUUGUAGAUAUAAAGUUGUAAUAAUUUACAGAUAAAAACCUAGGCUUGCUGGAGAUCAAUGUCUGGUUAACCAGUGGCCCUGGGAAUUUAAAACCCAAUUCAGUACAUGGUCUGUAUUCCUUCUCUACAGGUUAACAUUUGAAGUUCCUAAGAGGUUUAUAAGGAAGUGUGAGGUCUGAUGUUUCUAGGGAGCUUCCCAUUUAACUGUGCAAUUGUAGAUUCCAAGUUUAAAAGCUAACCGGUGGUGCAAAGCAGUUAGUAGAUCAGGACCGAGUGUACUGUCCUCUUCAGAUGGCAGGAAGGACUGAGGGCUCUGUAGUCUGGCUGCUUAAAGGCGGCUUCACCCAGGAGUUACGACCUGAGGGGUAGGACUCAGGGCUGGAGAGGCUGAAGGUGUGUUCCUGGGUUCGUGAAUGGACCAGAUUCUUUGAUGUUAGAGUUCUUCCGGGAGGCAGGAUCCCCUGGCCAGAACGUGCAAGGCCUUGCAAGCAUUAUACACAUGUUCAGCUUUAAAUUUCAGUGGCCCCAAAGAAUAAGUGGAGGUCCUCAAUCUGUACUUGGAGGGUUAAUAGAGUAGGGAAUCCGUUGUGGAUUUGUAUUCUUGAGUUCAAAGCCAGCUCCCCCCACUUAUAUCAUAGGGCACACCUGUCUUGGUUUUUUCUUCAGUAAAGUGAAUGUAAAAUGGCUUUUCUUGCAAGGUCCCGAGGACUCGAGUGCACAUCGGUUACACCCGCUGCACAGCACUUAGCACCUGUCAGGCCUUCCGUUGACAGCAGGUCUUGUCACUCUCAGAGUCCAGUGUUUUUGUCUGCUUCUGCUUCCAGCUCCUCCAGCUUCUUCCCUGUGUUAAUCCCGACUCUGGGCGAUGUCCAGACUGUGGAGAAGUGGCAGGUGGCUUGUCUUCAUCAGGAGGUGGUGUUCCUUCCCCCAAAGCACUGGGGAGCCACUGCAGGUGUGAGCACGGGUGGGCGAAGCAGUGUAGCACAAAUACUUUCGCUUAAAUUUUGGUGCCGGAUCCAGAUCAGUGCAGUUUUACUGUGUGUGAUAUUCCUUAGUCUCCCCCGCAUCCCCCACCCCAGGCUUCUCAUCUCUGAAGGGAAGAACAAAAUGGAUACAAGCCGGUAAUGUCACGGUUCCCCUUUAUGGUUCCCCUCCUAGCUCGUGGCAGAAUCCAUACGUGUAGAGAGCUCACUGGUCUCUUUUUUUAAACUGUUAAGAAUCUGUUACUCGCAUUUUUUUUUUUCAAGAUUUGUUUGUGUAUUUAUGGCUGCACUUGUGUCUUCAUUGCUUCCCCUGGGCUUUCUGUAGUUGCAGUGACCAGGGACCGAGGACUGCUCUGUUUGGUGUGUGGGCUUCUCACUGGUGGCUCCUUUGUUGAAGAGGAGCAUGGGCUUCGGGGUGCGUGGGCUUCGUUGCCCCACCUUAUGUGGGAUCUUUGUGGACCAAGGAUCACACCCAUGUCCUCUAUACUGGCAGGCGGAUUCUUAUCACAAGACAAUCAGGGAGCCACACUGUCCCCCACUUAAAGUAAAGACUUUUUAAAGAUCAGUUUUAGGUUUACAGUAAAACUGAGAGGAAGGUCCAGAGGUUUCCCCUUUACCCGAGUGGUACUUUUUUUUCUCCCAAUGGCCAAUCUACCUUCACACACCGUCAUCACAAAGCCCUUAGUUAACUUUCAGGUUCAUUCUUGGUGUCGUAUGCUCUGUGAGUUUGGACAAAUGUGUAAUGACACGUUUCCAUCGUUGUAACAUCAUACAGGGUAUUUUCAUGGUCUUAAAAUCCGCUGUGCUCUGCCUGCUCCUCUCCUCUCCCACUCCCAGGUAUCUCUUUUCAUAGCCCAGGAGUUCCUUUUUUUCCCUAAGUGGUUUUCCAAGUUUUGUGAAGAGCUGAACAGUUUCCUGAAAUUGCAGACCUGUACCAAGGAGAGGAGAUUGCAUUUGAACACGAGUUAGAUUUUUACAAAUAGAAAAGGGGGUGGACAAGGGGGCAGAGAGGAAUUUGUCUCAGAAACUAGAUGAAGGGAAAGCUUCCAGCUGUCUAUAAUCUCACCUAACGGAAGUGCUAAGUACUGACCCUAAUUGCAGUGGAGGUGGUGGGGAUCUUAGUUUCAAAAACCCGCGCCCUCUGCCUCCUCCAGCUGACACUGUGUCAGGCUACUGGUGCCUGGAGAUGCGGCCCACCCACAGCACACAGCCUGCUCAGCAUCCUUUCUUCCUUCGUCCAAGCCGCCUCCUUCUCACCCAGGUGGUGCUGGACUUUGGUCUCACAGCUGAUGACCGCCCGCCGCUCUGGUUGCUGCAGCGAGGAUGGAGUUUACAGCCUGGACCAUAAAAGUCAAUAUUAUGUUUAACACAGCGGUAGCCACUUGGUCAUGCUCAGAGCUGGACCUGAACGAGAUUCGCCUGAUCGUUUCCCAGGACUGUGACAGGAGAGGCAGACAAGUCCUGUUUGAUUCUAAAGCUGUCCACACGGCGGAGGAGGUGGCAGCUCAGAGAACGGAGGACCUCCCUGCGAAAGUGCCGGCCAAAAGCUGCCUAGGAGGUGGUGGCCCUGCUGCUCAUGGCCCUUCAGGGGGAUCUUUACCACAUGCCAAGGAGCAGCUUCCCAAGUACCAGUACACACGGCCCGCCUCUGAUGUCAACAUGCUCGGGGAGAUGAUGUUCGGCUCAGUCGCCAUGAGCUACCAAGGCUCCACCCUGAAGAUUCACUAUAUACGUUCUCCUCCGCAGCUGAUGGUUAGUAAAGUCUUCUCGGCCAGGAUGGGCAGUUUCUGUGGGAGUACAAACAACUUGCAAGACAGCUUUGAAUACAUCAACCAAGAUCCUAACCUGGGGAAACUGAACACAAAUCAGAAUAACCUGGGUCCCUGUCGGACUGGAAGUAACCUAGGUGCGCUGCAGGGAUGCGGCGGCAAGCUGCCCCCAGGGGCGGCCGAGGGAGGACCUCUCCGGCUCAGCCGCAGUGCCUCUUUCUUUGCAGCACACAGCACCCCGGUUGAUAUGCCGAGCAGAGGACAGAACGAAGACAGGGACAGCGGCAUUGCCCGGUCAGCCUCCCUGAGCAGCCUUCUGAUCACACCAUUCCCAUCUCCAAGCUCCUCCACCUCCUCCUCCAGCAGCUACCAGCGCCGCUGGCUUCGGAGCCAGACCACAAGCUUGGAAAACGGCAUCAUCCCCAGGAGGUCAAUGGAUGAGACAUUCAGCUUGGCCGAAGAAACCUGCAGUUCCAACCCGGCCAUAGUCCGGAGGAAGAAGAUUGCCAUCAGCAUCAUCUUCUCACUGUGCGAGAAGGAAGAGGCACAGAGGAAUUUCCAGGACUUCUUUUUUUCUCAUUUCCCCCUGUUUGAAUCUCACAUGAACAGGCUGAAGAGUGCCAUUGAAAAGGCCAUGAUUUCCUGCAGGAAGAUAGCAGAAUCGAGUCUCCGUGUCCAGUUCUAUGUCAGCCGUCUGAUGGAAGCUCUGGGAGAGUUCAGAGGGACGAUCUGGAGCCUGUACUCCGUGCCCAGGAUCGCCGAGCCCGUGUGGCUGGCCAUGAUGUCCAGCACCUUGGAGAGGACCCAGCUGUGCCAGCGCUUCCUCAGGGAGUUUACGCUCCUGAUAGAGCAGAUCAACAAGAACCAGUUUUUUGCUGCCCUGCUGACUGCAGUCCUAACCUACCACCUGGCCUGGGUACCCACCGUCAUGCCCGUUGACCACCCACCCAUCAAAGCCUUCUCCGAGAAACGCACCUCUCAGCUGGUCAACAUGCUGGCCAAGACACACCCGUACAAUCCUCUCUGGGCGCAGCUGGGCGACCUCUACGGAGCCAUCGGCUCCCCGGUGCGGCUGACGCGCACGGUGGUGCUGGGGAAGCAGAAGGAUUUGGUGCAGCGCAUCCUGUACGUGCUGACCUACUUCGUGCGGUGCUCAGAGCUGCAGGAGAACCAGCUGAUGUGGAGUGGGGGCCCCGCGCAAGGCGAGCAGAUACUGCACGGGAGCAGCAUCACCACCGCCCUAGAGAGGGGGGAGGUGGAGGAGUCCGAGUAUGUGGUGGUCACUGUGAGGAGCGAGCCUGCCCUCCUGCCGCCCACCCUGCCCGUGACCACAGCUGAGGGGUUGGCUGGGGUCCCGGUGGACGCUGACCCCAGAGACCUGUGUCCCCAACUUGAUGGAGAAGGAGGCGGGGCCCUGGAGAAGAGCCUGGCAGCCCACGGCGCACGGAGACCUCAGGGUGCAUCGUGCGGGGAGGAGGAGAGUAAGGAGUCCCCUCGAGGCAGCUCUGCGAGGCUCCCCAGUGGUGCAGGUGUGGGCACGGGGCUGAAGAUGAGCCCUCCCGCCAUUGGGGCGGAGCCAGGAGGGGAGGUGCCCAAAAAGCUGCCAGACCGGUCAGCGGCCAGGCCAUGCCCUGAUGGACGUCUCCGGGACAGGCCGCCCUGGGAAAAGGUCACCUUCCACAUCGGGAGCUCCGUGUCUCCGGAGUCGGACUUUGAAAGUCGCACCAAAGCAAUGGAGGAGCGGCUGCAGGCCUGCAGGUGUGCGGAGCCAGAGCCGGCGCAGAGACCCCCAGCCGGGCCUGGUGCGGCUGCCGACCCAGCCCAGGAGAGCCGGGACCAGCGCGCUCUGACAUGCUCCGGGUCCCCUGGGGCAUCUGGGGGGGCCAGAGACGUCAGGACCGAGGCUGCCGCGGAGGUUGCUGGGGCGCCGGGAGCACGUGCCGCCUGCGCACCUGCCAACCCCGCAGGCGCGCCGGCGAGGCCAGGGGGCCUGGGGGGCAAGGACGCAGACGCGCCCGCGAUGAGCGGGUGCACCGCUCCUGUGCCUGGUGGCGAUGCCAGCUUCAGGGUGGAAGGUGGCCUCCCCCGAAAUGAGAGCUCCGACAGUGCCCUCGGAGACAGUGAUGACGAUGCAUGUGCAGCGGCGUCGCCGGACCUGGGUCCUGGAAGUGAUCCUGAUGCGGACCAUGACCAGAGCGAAGGGUCGCUGGAGGUGGAGCUGCCACUGCCCAGGUCUCAGAGCAUCAGCAACCCCAAUGUGAGAAACUUCGGCCGCUCCCUUCUGGCGGGAUACUGCCCCACGUACAUGCCAGACCUGGUGCUUCACGGGACCAGCAGCGAUGAGAAGCUGAAGCAGUGCCUAGCAGCCGACCUGGUCCACACGGUCCAGCAUCCCGUGCUGGACGAGCCCAUCGCCGAGGCCGUAUGCAUCAUCGCAGACACAGACAAGUGGAGCGUCCAGGUGGCCACGAGUCAGAGGAAGGCAGUGGACAGCACGAAACUCGGCCAGGACGUCCUGGUGUCAAGUCAGGUGUCCGGCUUACUGCAGUCCAUCCUGCAGCUCUACAGGCUUCACCUCCCCGCCGACUUUUGCGUCAUGCACCUGGAGGACAGACUUCAGGAGAUGUACCUGAAGAGCAAGAUGCUGUCCGAGUACCUUCGCGGACACACGCGUGUGCACGUGAAAGAACUAAGCGUCGUGCUGGGGAUCGAGUCCAACGACCUGCCUCUGCUGACGGCCAUCGCCAGCACUCACUCUCCUUACGUCGCCCAGAUACUCUUGUAAGCUAAUGCUCAGGACAGCUCCUCCUCGAAGAAAAUCGGAUUCUCAGCCAGAGGAGGAAGGACGGCAGCUCCCUGCGACCACGAGGCGCCGGCAGGGCGGACGGACGCGGUCCUCCCCGCGCUGUGUGUGAGGGGGGCCGCUUCCCGGGUGCUGGCUGGAAGCCGUCGGUUUACUGACUCCAGGCGUCUGUGUUGUCGUGGGCAGUCAGGCCUCCAUCACCCUCGGUCAGCGUGGGCGCUGAGGGCACAGCGGUGACCAGGGACCUGAGCGCGGGCCUGAGCGACACAGGCAUCAUCGCUGCUAGAAGCAUCCCAGAGUGCAAGCGUGAGCUCCCCAAGCUGGAGGAAGCGAUCCUGCUGUCCCGAGAAGGCGGUCAGCACGGGGACCCUGGGCACCAGGUACCGCGGUGUAGUGAAGCCCGCGUGUACCGCCUCCGCUCCGCUGGCUCCCGUGUCACCAUCUGGCAGAGAGCACGAGGGGGCUGGCUGUGGGGAGCAGAGCUCCAGGGACCCACUGCUUCCGGCCUUCCCCCACUUUCCCUUGUUUGAGAUGCAGCCACGGGUAGGUUAGGGAUGGACUGUUGGUGCAAUAACCCGAGAAUCAAUGUAGCAUCCUCGUCCCAGCCACACGUAGUGCACAGCAGCGGAGGGCACAGUCCGACCCCUCUCGCUUCGUCCUGAGACUUCAGAGCUCUCAGCAGCCUUGUCAAAGGGGCCGUUUACCAAAGUUAUUUCUAUAAGCUCGAGAGCAUUUCUGUGGCUAAAUCCCUCCAGCUAAAGCCACCUUCUUCCUGUAACAGUUAAUACAGAUGACUAUUUACACUUUAAAAGGCACAGCUGUCCAGGUGGGAAGUGAAAUUUGCAACAGUUCAGGAUGACUUAUGAAUCAGUUUGAACAUUUCUAAACAAUUCAUCUAUGAGCUCAAUUUUUACUCUUAUCAUCUCUGUGCCUUCCAAACCCUACAUUCUUUUCAAAACACCUUCCCAGAAAUUGACUGCCCUGUAGUAUAAAACCUGCCACAAGGCAGUAUUGCUUAUGAUGAGCGUAGUUUGCUUUUUAAAAACGCUGAAUUUUCUGUUGAUAACAAACUUUAGUUUACCGAUUGUGAAGCAGGCGAUGUCCUGACGUCCAGGGUAAAGGAAAAGACUAGUAAAUUGGUGGUUAAAAGGCAGGGCUAACCCUGUUAACAGCACACCUGUUAACACCUGCAGGCCUUGAGAACGUUCAUUCUAACCAGGCUCUGAUCUCCUUCUCCUUUAUAAAUCAAUCCCAAUCCUGUCUGUGUAGCUUCUGCACCUAAGAAUAUGAAACGACUUCCCUUUCAGGAGUUAGAAUACUCUGUCUUCAGAUUUGCUAUGUGAUAAAAUCCUAAUCCCAAACCCCAAGUUACAUAUGUCUCUGUCUAUAUUCUUUGAUAAAUGCGAGUUGUUUGUUUGAAAGAGCAGAGCAGCAGGACCAAUGGAAAAAAACAGGUGUGUUCUUUCUUAGGAGUGGUUCUUAGGGAUAGGUCAUAACUACGGCCUUCCCCUCUCUUUUCAAGAAAUCGUGUGUUGGUUUUUUUUUUUUUUUUCCCUUGGCUGCUCCACUCAGCCUGUAGGAUCUUAGUUCCCCUACCAGAAACUGAAUCUGGGCCCUUGGCAGUGAAAGCUCAGAGUCCCAACAACUGGACCAUCGGGGAAGUACCCCUUCUCUCUCUCUUUUUAAGGAUGUGAAGCGCAGAGGGUCUCGAGACUCUAAAAAUCUUUAAUUUGUAUUUUAUGUCUUUCUCUCAUAAAAGUGAUGUCCAUUUUAUCUACGUUUUCUGUUUUCCUUUUGCCUGACGUCCGAGAUGAGACGGGUAUUUAGAGUCCCUGGUUCCAUGACACCAUGGUGGUUGUCGCGGACCUGGCCCACGGCCGCCCUCUCCCCAUCUGUGUCCCUUACGUGUGAUGCACUGUGCUGAGCGAGGUCACAGCGUCCCCUCUGCACCGGCUUUGAGCAUCCCCCAGUCUCUGACUCCCUUCUCACUGGCAUGUUCUGGACGCUUUCCCUCCCCUGCCACCCUCCAGGGUUUACAGACAAUAACUAGAUGCAAAAUCAGUGCAGGUAGCAGCCUGUGGAGCGUUAGACCCAGCCCAGGGAAGCUGAGCUUUAAAUGGUCAAGUCUCAACUUCACACAGAAAAGAUGUGGCCCAGCCCCUGGCAGCUGAGGAAACUAGCUUGGCCUCUGCACGCCCCCCUCCCCCAGAAGGUGAUGAGGGAGACCCCUCAGGACACCAGGCAGCCCGCCCCUCACGGCUGCCGCCUGCACCACAGACCAGGAAUGUUGCUGCUCUUCUGUAAACCCUCCUCCUCUCAAGAACAUCCACCUGUUCUCGUAAACGCAACCUCUUCCCAAAAGUGGAAAAAGAAUCUCAUGGAACUGGGUGGAGACACGCCGGACACCACCCCGGGGCCGGGUUCUGUCUCAGCCACAGAGGUGAGGAAGGGACCCGCCCUCGCCCAGGCCCACCUCAAGAAAAAAACAAAAUUUAAAAAAAAAUGUACAAAUAGAGAAAACUACCUCAGUUGAUAGGAUUCCACCUUUAGGGUUUCUUCAACUUUGACGUCUUACCUGUUGAGUGUACCUUUUGUAGCAUCUUGCUUGUCCAGGCGAAUGGGAGGCAGACAGAGCGGGUAUGCACCAGCAUUACCGUUCGGGCCUUCCUCCAGCAUGUCAAGGCUUAAUUUUUCGUAGAUUGACGAGUGAUAUGAAUGUAAAGAUACUUGUGUACGUUUAAACAUGACAAUGAAAACUUAAAAUGUAGCUUCCAUACUUGUGCAUAAUUCCAAAGUAUUUUAUUUUUAUCAGUGUUAAAUAGCUUUUUGUACAGGCUCCAAUCCAUUUUUCUGAAGUGUGCUGUUUUUUAAUGAAAGUAAUGAUAAACUUUUCACAUCCCAUGAAACUGCCGUUUACACAUCGCAACUUUUUAAACUUAUCAUAUUUUUCAAAGUUAACUUUUUUCGGGGGAGGGAAAUCCCCGCCUGCUAAAGUAUACUAAACUCUUGUUUUGGCUCUUCUAAUUAGGUCCUGAGAUUUUAUAAAAUUCAGUCUGUAGCUUUUUAGGUUCCUCACUGGAGUUGGUUGUACAUAAAAAUAAAGAAUAUAAAGUGACCCUACAGUUCUUUUAAAUAUCUGGAUUUUUCCACUUACAUGUGCUUUUGAAAGUAUUUUGUUCAUGCAUACUUUCACCAAUAAAUUGAAAAAGUCUUGAGCUUCUUGGUAAAUGUGAACCAUUUGUUUUCUAUUGUGCUUUGGGGGCAGGAACCUUUUAAUAUAAUAUUUGCCUAAAUCAAGCAGCCCCCUCUGAAUGUUAAUUUUUAAAUGUCCACAUUUGGUGAACCAUAAAUCUUGGAAGCAAGACUGCAAUAUGCUUAAAUUUAAGUGGUGUUUAAAAAGGAGAAAAUUCCAGGAUUGGUUUGUUAUCAUUGAAGUUCCAUUACAACAAAUUGAUAGGACUUUGUUUUUGAUCAGUUAAAUAGAUAUCAGUAUCAAUGUAUGGAAUUCUUUUUUCUUAAAACUUGUUCACAUAUUACUUUGAUCCAUUUUUCUGUGGCAUCUGGUGCAAUAAACCUUCUGAAUUUAUCUUGAA